UCGGGACCCAGGGCGACACUCAAUUUUCUAACAGGAGCCACAGCCCAGAAGCUGAGAAGCCUUCCGGCCGAUCUGUGGCCCUGAGGUCGCCCUUGGAGGGCGAGUGAGAACCCCCCAGGCGUUCCGGAGGUGGCGCCCAGCCCGAACCCAGCGCCCGCCCCGGCCCCCCGAGUCAGGUCUUUGCCCCGCCUCUCGGCCCCGCGGCCUGGCCGGCAAGCAGGGCUGCAGUCACGGGGCGGCGCGGAGGGCCCCAGCCCGGUCAGGGGUGUGGCCGCCGCCACGGUAAGGCUAGGCCGCGAGCUUAGUCCUGGGAGCCGCCUCCGUCGCCGCCGUCAGAGCCGCCCUAUCAGGCUCAUAGGUGAAAAGGACUUGCCUUCACUAAGAUGAAACUUUGGACUACGGAAUUUUGGAUUAUCUUAACAAGAAAACCAACUGGAAAAAAAAUGAAAUUCCUUAUCUUCGCAUUUUUUGGUGGUGUUCACCUUUUAUCCCUGUGCUCUGGGAAAGCUAUAUACAAGAAUGGCAUCUGUAAGAGGACUUUUGAAGAAAUAAAAGAAGAAAUAGCCAGCUAUGGAGAUGUUGCUAAAGCAAUCAUCAACCUAGCUGUUUAUGGUAAAGCCCAGAACAGAUCCUAUGAGCGAUUGGCACUUCUGGUUGAUACUGUUGGACCCAGACUGAGUGGCUCCAAGAACCUAGAAAAAGCCAUCCAAAUUAUGUACCAAAACCUGCAGCAAGAUGGGCUGGAGAAUGUUCACCUGGAGCCAGUGAGAAUACCCCACUGGGAGAGGGGAGAAGAAUCAGCUGUGAUGCUGGAGCCAAGAAUUCAUAAGAUAGCCAUCCUGGGUCUUGGCAGCAGCAUUGGGACUCCUCCAGAAGGCAUUACAGCAGAAGUUCUGGUGGUGACCUCUUUCGAUGAACUGCAGAGAAGGGCUUCAGAAGCAAGAGGGAAGAUUGUUGUUUAUAACCAACCUUACAUCAACUACUCGAGGACGGUGCAAUACCGAACGCAGGGGGCGGUGGAAGCUGCCAAGGUGGGGGCUUUGGCAUCUCUCAUUCGAUCCGUGGCCUCCAUCUCCAUCUACAGUCCUCACACAGGUAUUCAGGAAUACCAGGAUGGCGUGCCCAAGAUUCCAACAGCCUGUAUUACGGUGGAAGAUGCAGAAAUGAUGUCAAGAAUGGCUUCUCAUGGGAUCAAAAUUGUCAUUCAGCUAAAGAUGGGGGCAAAGACCUACCCAGAUACUGAUUCCUUCAACACUGUAGCAGAGAUCACUGGGAGCAAAUAUCCAGAACAGGUUGUACUGGUCAGUGGACAUCUGGACAGCUGGGAUGUUGGGCAGGGUGCCAUGGAUGAUGGCGGUGGAGCCUUUAUAUCAUGGGAAGCACUCUCACUUAUUAAAGAUCUUGGGCUGCGUCCAAAGAGGACUCUGCGGCUGGUGCUCUGGACUGCAGAAGAACAAGGUGGAGUUGGUGCCUUCCAGUAUUAUCAGUUACACAAGGUAAAUAUUUCCAACUACAGUCUGGUGAUGGAGUCUGACGCGGGAACCUUCUUACCCACUGGGCUGCAAUUCACUGGCAGUGAAAAGGCCAGGGCCAUCAUGGAGGAGGUUAUGAGCCUGCUGAAGCCCCUCAAUAUCACUCAGGUCCUGAGCCAUGGAGAAGGGACAGACAUCAACUUUUGGAUCCAAGCUGGAGUGCCUGGUACUUCUGCAUAACUACCCAGUAGAGAAGGAUCCUUUCACAAGAGGUGUGGGAAAACUAUACUACAAGGCUGCAGUAACCAAAAUGGCACGUUACGGGUACAAAAACAGACACAUAGGCCAAUGGAACAGGUUAGAGAAGCCAGAAAUAAAGCCACACACCUACAACCAUCUGAUCUUUGGCAAAGCCAACAGUAAAAAACAAUGGGGAAAGGACCCCCAAUUCAAUAAAUGCUGCUGGGAUAACUGACGAGCCAUAUGCAGAAGAUUGAAACUGGACUCCUUCCUCUCACCAUACAUAAAAAUCAACCCAAGAUUGAUUAAAGACUUAAGUGUAAAACCUAAAAUUAUAAAAAUCCUACAAGAAAACCUUGGAAAUAACAUUCUGGACAUUGGCCCUGGCAAAGACUUCAUGAUGAAGACUCCAAAAGCAAUUGUAACAAAAACAAAAAUCAACAAGUGGGACCUAAUUAAAGAGUUUCUGCACAGUAAAAGAAACUAUCAACAGAGUAAAUAGACAACCUACAGAAUGGGAGAAAAUAUUUGCAAACUACGUAUCUGACAAAGGUCUAAUAUCUAGAAUCUAUAAGGAACUUAAGCAAUUCAACAAACUAAAAACAAACAAUCCCAUUAAAAAAUGGGCAAAAGACAUGAACAGACACUUCUCAAACGAAGACAGACAAGCAGCCAACAAACAUAUGAAAAAAUGCUCAACAUCAUUAAUCAUCAGAGAAAUGCAAAUCAAAACCACAGUGAGAUACCGUCUCACACCAGUCAGAGUGGCUAUUACUACAAUGUCAAAAAAUAACAGAUGCUGGCAAAGUUGCAAAGAAAAAAGAACACUUACACACUGCUGGUGGGAAUGUAAAUUAGUUCAGCCACUGUGGAAAGUACUUUUGGAGAUUUUUCAAAGAACUUAAAACAGGACCUACCACUUGACCCAGCAAAUGCUGUGUGUAUACUCAGAGGAACAUAAAUUGUUCUACCAUAAAGACACAUGCUCACAUAUUUUCAUCGCAGCACUAUUCACAAUAGCAAAACAUGGAAUUAACCCAGAUGCCUUUCAAUGGUAGAGUGGAUAAAGAAAAUACAUUCAUUACCUGGGUGACAAAAUAAUUUGUACACCAAACCCCAAUGACACACAAUUUACUCAUGUAACAAACCUGCACAUGUACCCCCUAAACCAAAAAUAAAAGUUGGAUAGAAAAAAGAAAGAGGUGUGAGAAAAGACCCCACUGUGACACAUAAGUGGCAUAGAUAACAGUGGAGAUUCACUCACAUUUGAUGCGUAUUACCUAGACAAGGAGGACAAUGGCCCCUCUUCCUUUCUGUAUUCUUUGUAAAGAGUAGGCCUUCUGAGAGGUUAAACCACCAAUCAGAAUUUGAAAUCUUUAAAGUAAUCAAUUUACUCACUAUUCAUUUGCCUUCUACUUUAAAUCUAAAGUUUUGUCACAGCCAAUAUUUAGAGUCUCUGACAUCACUGGGAUCAGAAUGGAGAUACUAGAAUCUGUUUUGUGGUAUCCUAAAUUCACUGAAUUAGUCUUUAUUGUAGGACUCCCAUAGGGUGUGAGUCUUUACAAAUAAAGGUAGGGAAUGCCCUUUAUUUGUAAGGGCAAAUAAGUUCCUCCUUCUCUUGUCAAGGGGAUGUGAAAACCUCCUUGCACAUUUUUUCUUUUCUUUUUUUCUCUUUGCAGAAUGAGUGUUCUGAGAAGAACAAAACUCUUUUCUGACAACUCUUAUAAAACACUUUUGUGUUUGAUUCUCCAACGACUAAGAUUUGGACACACAAUUCUCCAUUCAUUUCUCAAGUGUCAAGAGAGAAUUGAGUUUAAAGGCUCCAAUUCCCUUGCAGGUUACACUGUCUAUCUAGAUGAAUUAGUAUUCAGCACAGCUUUGGGAAAAUCUCAAAUGAUUUGCAGGUUUGCAAAUUGUUCAAACUCAUAAUGAAAUUUCAGGCUGAGGAAAUCACUAAACAGUUCAUGGCAUGAGUUUUUCCCUCUGAGGUCUGGACAUCUUAGAUCAAUUCACUCCUCUACCUUCACUGCCCCAUCCAUGCCAGACAGCCCAGGGCUGCUUGAGAAAGUCACACACACCUGUCACCACUGAGGUUAUUCUCCUAUCCCCAUGUCCUCCCCUGCUCAGCAAACCAGCCCACUCUCCAUCCAUUUUCAUUCUUCAUUUUCUGUUCCUAUAGCAUGUGUUGCUCUUCUUAUCCAGGGCUAUGUUCUGAGUCCGGUCCCCCUCUAAGCCCUCAAGCAACUCAAACUGGCAAUUAUUUAUAUCCUAUUGCUUCAAUUCUCUCUCUUCUCUAAACUUUUCCCAUCAGAAUAUAAAUAUUUCAAGUAUUAGCCAUUAAAAUAUAUAUAUACAGCUUUACCCAACUUUAUGAACCUCCAGCUCUUUCUUUUCUUUGCAGCCAAGCUUUUUGUCCUCUCACUCAUUCCUCCUUCCAGUGCAUCCUGAAUUCCACUUGGAACUGUCCACCAGGAUUACCUUCCCAAGGACACAAAGGUCCUCCUUUUGGCCAAAUUGAACUGGUGCAUUCUAGUCCUUUUCUUGUUUGAUUUUUCUGAAGCAUUGACAUAGUUGACCACCACUUACAUCUUGAAACUCUGUAUGUCCUUAGCUUCUCUUAACUCCUCUUUUCAUUCCUUUUUUGCUUCCCUUCCUUGUGCCAGUCCCUUAAGUGUUAGUAUAUGCUAGGAUCUCAUCCUUGGACUCUAUUUAUUCAGGUCACUGUUCCUGGAAGAUAACUCUAUAGAUUCUCAAAUCUAUAUCUACAGAUUUUGGAAGCCAUGUGGCCAAUGUUACCACUUGGAUAUCCUGUAGGUAUUUAAAUUCAACAUGUCUGAAGCCAAACUUCUAUCUCACCCUUACCACAACCCAUCUCUAGGAAUAGAAAUUAUUGUCCAAGUCGCUCAAACCUGAAAACUUGGCAUUGACUUAGACUCAUUUUCCUCAUUCACUCUCCCUCAUUCAGUCAAUCCUUAAGAUAAUGCCAUUUCUACCCUUUAAAUGUAGCCUCUCCUUUAUUCAUUGUACUGCUGCCUUAGUUAAGGCACUCAAAAUUCCUCAUUACUGCAUUGCUCCCAGUUGUCUUCCCAAAAUGUGGCUUCCCAUUCUUUCAAGGCCAACUCUUGAGCAUGACAUAUUGGUAUAUAAAGGCCUACAUGACUUGACACUUGCCAAACUCUCCAGCCUGGUCUCUCAUGGGUUUUUCAUGUGGACUUAACUCUGGCCAUAGCAUCCUGCUGGAAAUUUUUUAAAAACACCAAAUUAUUUCACAAUUCCUUAUUUCAUAUGCUAUUAUUCCCUUUGCUACUUAUCUUUUAAGGCUUAGCACAGAGAGCGUCUUAACACAUAUUACUCAAGAGAUGUUAGCAAUCACUAUUGUUGUUUUUGUUGUCAUGUCUCCCUUUAGUAUCUAAGGCUGUUUGGUACUCCUCCUCUGUUUUCAUAGUAAACUUAAAACAUAGCCUUAAUCAUACUAUAUCAUAGUUGGCUACUUGUUUUUCUUGUCACCAAAUUCUGAAUUUUACUUUUCUCACUUACAUUGACUUCCUGGACCCUAAAAGCAUUUGGGCUUGUUAUUUCUGUUUAAAAUAACAAAGACCAUCAACAAAUUUCCAGUGAAAUUAUAGUUGUGGUGGGGAUGAUGAUGAUGAUGAUGAUGAUAGCUACAUUUAUUGAACUCUAUGUCCUAGGCACUUGCUAAAUGUUUUUAAAUGUUUUCCAUUAUAAUCUUAUUAAUGAUUUCAUUUAAUGGGUAAGGAAACUAACACUGAGAGAGGUAAGUACCUUGGCCAAUUCAUAUAAGUUAUGAGUGGUAGAGCCAGGAUUUAAGCACAUAGAGUAGUAUUCCAGAGACCAAAAAAUAAAGAAAUCAUUAUCUAUGUCCUGAUACUAACCUUAUUCUUAUUAAUUUAUCAGAAACAGAGCCUGGAAAGUCAAUUCAAAAUAUUUGUUACAUGUCUACUUUAUGUUGGAUUGAAUUAGGUCUUUGAAUAAAACAGCUCUUCUUUGAACUUUAUCUCCUAGAAAGGGAAAUAAGAUACGAACAUCCCUAAAUAACUAGGCAAAAUAUUAUAAAUGCUAAAACGUGCAACUGCUAUAAAAAUGGAAAGAGAGAAAGUUUAAACUGGUUGAGGAAAACUCAGGAAAGUCAUCUUGGAGAAGGCGGCAUUUGAUAUGUGCCUGAACAGUUGAGUCCUAAUGCAUGAAGAUGGCAGAGGAUUGAAGAGUGCAUGAGAUUUGAAGGGUACUUGUAAGGAAUGGAACAACCACCUCUUAUUACUCUGCUUUACGGCAAAGGAGUAAGAUGAAGGCAAGAGGCCUUCAUAGAGCUUUCUCCCUACAGAGAGGGGAAGAGUAUAGUCCCUCAUGACUCAGAAUCUCUUGGUUGCUGCCAUGCAGGCAUCUAUGGAAUCACAAAAGCGAGGCCCAGGAAACUUUAAACUAACCUAUGCUUCCCGCCCAGAAUUCAGUCUAUUUCCAUAUUAGUGGGUGCCUUCUGUCCAUACCUAUUUCUGUGUGCAAUGUGUUGAGUCUUUUGAGUGGUGGCUUAACAGCCCAGGAGAGAAUUGAGUUAUACUGAGGCUUCAUAUAUGAACACAGUAUGGUUCUAUUCUUGAAAAGGUUGCCAGUGUCCUUUUCCAAAACUAUAGAGUUGUGCUGCUCCUGUCUAGAAAGCAGCUCAGUGAACUUGACCUUGACCCUUCUGCUUUAUGAACUUCUCAGAAGAUUGCAGAUACUUUUAUUCAAUAAGUCUAUUCCCCCUUUUUUUUUGUUUAGUCAAGUAGUUAACUAUUUUGUGGAUAUAUUUUCUUAGGGCAAAUUCCUAAUGAUAAUAGACAACCUGAAGUUGAUAGUGGCCAACUCUGUGACAUUGCUACUUGAUAAAUAUACCAAUCUUAGGAUCUCUUCUUUUUUUUAUGAGUACACAAAAAUCAUUUUGAAAUGCCUGACUUGCUAGUUUUUUGAUGCCUUACAUAUGGAAUAUGCUUAAUAAAUUACAUUUGUGGUUUAGUAUAUGUGAUUCAAUAUAUACAUAUGCAAGUACGUAUGUGAUUGUAACCCCCAUUUUUUCGUCCUACUCUCUGUCAAGAAUAAGAAGCUUAAAGGUCCCUAUAACCAACACAGAAUUCAAUGGCCUCUGUCGUGUAAGUAAUGCUGGCAGCUACAACAAGCAAUCCCAUCUCAGUGGCUUAACAAAACAAACAUUUAGUUCUUGCUCAUGUUAUAGGCCAGUGGGGAACAGUUUGUGGGAGAGGUUUGGGGAGGAAUAUUGUGCGCCAUGCAGGUAUUCAGGUAUCCAGACUUCUACCUACUGACCUGGCUGUGCCCUAAGGUCUCAGAGCCUUGAAGUUCUCCACUGGAACUUCUGCAACUGGUUGCCCAGACAAGGAGAGAGAGAGAGAGAAAGAAAGAACAUGUAAAUUUACAAGAGAGGUUUCUGGAAGUACCACACAUGACUUCUGCCCAAAUUCCAUUGGCUAGAACAAGUUACAUGUUACAUGGCCCUAACUAAGUGCAAGGGGAGCCAGGAAGUGUUGCCUUCCUAUGUAUCCAGAAGAAAAAUAAAAUGAUUUGUUGAACAUACAGCAUUGUCUCUAUCACAGCCUUUAUCCCCUUCAUUAUUCCACUCAUUUCUAGUAUUUUGAAAGUUUCAAGGUCUCCCCCAACCCUCAGAUGUCAAGAGGGCCUCCUAGUAGAUUGAUGGAGAGAGUUGGGGAUACAUAAAGAAUGCAAUCUUCCCAACUUUACACUACUCUCUUUUUCCUGGAUCAUGGCUUUCUGCAGCUGCUUCUCAUUUAGUUCAGUUCAAAAACAUUAAUUGAAAUCCCACCAUGAACCAAGCACUGUUGUAGGAUCUGGGGAGUCAGUGAUGCACAAGACAGUCUCUGCCCUCAAGAUGCUGAGUCUAGUGGGGUCCUCUACUACUGUGGCAUGUUCUUUCAUCAACUCCAAAGGGCUUUCUCCAGUGCUUUUCCCCCUCCCAAACUUCUGGGUUCUUCAGAGAGAGGUCAUACUCCCCUUCCAAAUCUAGAUAGCAACUCUCAGCAGAAGCCCUGCUGGUCCUUACAGGAAUACUCUGUGUUUCCAAAAACCUUAUUUGAACACCCUAGAAUUAAUUUUGAGGGAUAAGUCUAGAAAAAAUAACCCAGAGCCAUAUUCCUGCUUAUUAUUAAGGUCCUCUUUAGAUUAUGUCCUCAAGCAUGGCACAAAUUCACUGAUGUUCUCUGGCACAAGGAAAACUCUCAUCCUCUCUGAGUGGAUUGGUUGUCUUAAUGGUCAUAGUACAGGUCAUCAUACACCUCUGGAGGAAGUCUGUUCUCCAGUAUUGAGAAAAAUUAGCAGUAGAAUCAAAUUCCCCUUCACAGGGGAAUUUAUUCAAUUGGGUCCUGGAAACAGCCAUUGAUAUCCCAUGAUUCCCAAACAGAGACAUGCAAAUAGAAUUCUACAAUAGCCUGAGGUUGUAUGUGUGUGUGUUCACUCACACCCCCACACACACAUACAUAAACACACAGAUAUGUGUAUAAAAUUAAAUUUAGAAAGCCAUUUUGUAGAAGAGACUGACUUAGGCCUAUUAAAUAAAAGUUUAAUUUAACAAAGCAACCCGGUAUUUUUUUCCACCAAGUUUUUAAAGCAUUCAAGAUGCUAAAUUUUCCAAGAUGAGUUUUCUGGAAGAAGUCCCAAAACUCCUUUCUCUCUCUUUUUUUUUUUUUUUUUUUUGUGAUGAAGUCUCACUCUGUUGCCCACUACCAGGCUGGAGUGCAGUGGCACGAUCUCAGCUCACUGCAACAUCCGCCUCCCAGAUUCAAGGGAUCCUCCUGCCUCUGCCUCCUGAGUAACUGGGACUACAGGCGCACACCACCAAACCUGGCUAAUUUUUGUAUUUUUAGUAGAAACAGGGUUUCACCAUGUUGGCCAGGCUGGUCUCGAACUCCUGACCUCAGGCGAUCCAUCCACCUUGGCCUCCCAAAAUGCUGGGAUUACAGGCAUGAGCCACCAUACCUGGCCCCAAAACUCCCUUUCUGAUCACAUCCUAUCAGGCUUAGAAGGGGCAGGUAUUUUUUGAUGGGUUCAACUCCACCUUUGUUCAUUUUGAUUAUAGGAAAAAUUCUUAAGAUAUGUGUUUUUUUUUUUCUGACUACGUGGUUUCUCCUAGUGCUAAAUUCUCACCAUGCUUGAAAUAUUGUAGAGCAAAGCAGCUCUAGUUAUCCUCAAGAAAAGGAUCAAAGAAGGGAAAAUAUAUUAAUGGGCACAAUAAUUCAAAACCUCUUAAAAUGCUGUUCCCAAGUGUGCUGGGACUUUCUGGGCAUGUCUCUGCGAAAUGGAUAUUUUGGAUCUUGCUUUAGCAUACACAGGAAACCAAUCUCCAGGCAGUUCUUCCUUAUAAUUUCUUUACAAGUUUCCCCUUAAAGAAUUCCUAAUGUACUUUCCUCAAUAGUAACAUAGAUUUUUCUAGAGUUAGAAAAUUAUGAGAAAAUAGAGUGAGCGGCUAUCUCAAGUGUGUUUACUUGUCUAGUCCCCUGAUAUUAACUAGCUAUGUACCUCUAACACCAAGGCAACCACAUUAUUGAUUUAAUGAUAAGCUGUACAGCAGUGAAAUCACAUUGUUUCUUCAUAGACACAGAGAAAGCAGAAGCAUAGCUACUGUUGUCAAGGAGGUUAAAAUUUAGAUGUGAACACUAAAAGUGGGAACCCCAACUGGAACAUAAGUUCCACGAGAGGCAGCCUUAUUCACUGCUGAAUCUCUAGUGCCUUGAGUAGUAUCUGGAAUAUGAUACAGUUCUCCAGAAUUAUUUGUUGAACGAAUGGAGAUCCAACAGCAUAGAGCAAUAUAUCACCAAGUAUUAAAACUGUAAGAAUGGCAGGAGUUCACUGAGAAAAGUGAAGACUUUAUGAAGACAGUGGAGUUGAGCAGAGCCAUAGAGCUAUAGACUUCCAAUAGGUGGAGGAGAGAGGAGUGGGCAAACCAGGCAAAGAGAGAUGAGAGAAGUAACACAGGAGGUAAUGAGCAUGUUGCAGUGGGAAAGUGGGCUUGGCUCUGGUCAGAGGAAUCACCCAAUGGAUUAAUAGAAUCCAGGCAGGUCAGGGACAGGGAUAAGGACUUAGACAUCCAUCUGGUUUUGUGUCCUAGCUUCGUCAUUUAUUCAAUAGCUGAAUAAAUCACCCCUUUUAGUCUCAUUUAAUAUCUAAAUUUGAGAAUAAUACAUAGAACAUAUAUUUUUAAAAUUCAAGAAGCAAUUAUAGGUUAAAAAUGGUAAACUUGAAGAGCUUUUUUAAAACAUGGUAUUAUCAUUGUUAUUAUUUAUGACAACAGUGUUCUGGUUGACCUUUUGAUUGUGGUUUUCUUAGUGGGAAAAUAGCUCUAUAAUGGCCCCCGAAUGUAUGCCUGGGAAGAAAUAUUUUAAAAAAUGAAAUCUAGUGAUUGAUUGUUUAUUGGAUAAUUUCAAAAUAGUACAAGUGGAAAAAUUAUUUUAAUACUCCUAAGUAUUAGAAAUAAUUUUACAGUUCAAUUUGUGUGAUUAAAUUAUUGUAUAUUAUAUACAGUCGUUUCACAAAAUUGUUAUGUGGGAAGUAAAGAUCCGUUCAGUCACUGAGUUAGCAAAGGAACUUGAUUAGAAUAAUACUCAACCACGUUUGUAUUGUCAGGAAAUGUUAGAGAAAGCUUUAUUGUUGUUAAUGACUCUUGGCAUAUAUAAUACUCCUCGUCCUUAAAGAACUUGACAAACAUUGAUUUAAGCCUCUUUUCAAAUAUAUUCCAAAACUAAAGUCAUUGUUUCUGAGUAUGCCAUAAAAGAUAAAGUAAGAUUUGGUGGUUCUCACAUUAAAAAAACUGUUGAAGAAGCAGAAGUGAAAACUGCAUAUUCAUAGAGUAAUGAUAGUUUGGGAGAUGAUAGUGUUGGCUUAAAACAAAUUGCGUAGUAUGUUCUGCCUACAAUUGAUCAAAUUGUGGUCAAUUAUAUAGACAGAUUCAGCAAAUAUAUAGUAUUUCUGCAGUACUAUAUAUAUAUAUGAUAUACUAUAUAUGUAGAAGAUAUACUAUCUCUCUCUCUCUCUGUUUCUCUCCUUAGAGACUCUGAGUCUAAAGCAGACAUCACUAAUCAAUCACACAUUCUUUCCAACUGAGUAUUUUUUUCUUUUUUUCUUUCUUUUUUUUUUUUUUUUGCCUUUUGACCAGGAAAAGGAAUCCAACUGAGUUUUGAUUUGGUCAUUAUGUCUCUUUGAGAUAUAGGGCUCUAAGUAGCCAAUACCAGUAGAUCAGAGUUGGCACAGGCAAAAUGGAACCUACUUACUAUCCUAGAAUCAAGGAUGGUUCUACAAAAGUUUCAAAGAGCCUCCCUUAUCAUUCAUGGCUGCAAAUAUAUAAGGGCAUAUAAUUAAUAAUACAUAAAUGCAGGACUUAAAUGACAGUAAUAUCUCAAUCUCCCUUCCCACGUGUUGCUUUCUUCAUUCAUUUGGCCCUUCAUUUUUAUUCAUUAGAUUGGUGACUCGCUCGCUCUCUCUCUCUCUCUCUCUCUCUCUCCCUCCCCCUCCCUCUCUCUCUCUCUCUCUCCUGAUAGCUCACCUUAUGUUAAGUGCUAAAGAGAAAAGAUAUAAGACCUGCUUGCUGCUCUGAAAGAGCAUGCAAUAUGGUACAGUUAGGGAGAUAAGAUCUAGCUGUGAGAAGCAGUCACACAUCCUGCUUCUUUUUAAAAUGAAUGUGAUUACUUGAGUUGUUUGUUUGUUUUGAAAAUAAAAAUGCACUCAAACAAAAAAAGGAAAACGGAUGUAUUUCUUCCUGGGUUUGCAAAGCCACUUCUGAUUUCAAAGAAAGCUGCUCGGUAAUUUCUUAUGGGCUCAAUUCUGAAAGAAGCUCUUAGAAACCAAAGUACCUAAUUACUAAGUCACCCCCAUCCAACCAUCACUACUGUUUGAAUUAAACUGCCUUUUUCCAGAAGUAGAGAGAGGAAUAGGGGAGAGGUUCUGUGAUGGGAAAAGAAUGAGGACCAGAGUGAUUGUAUAUGUUGCUGUUUCUCGCUAUUCAACAGGCAAUUGAAGGCCAAGCUUUACAACAUUGGCAAUAGUGCCUUUUCACUUACCUUCUUUUACUCGCAGUUUCAAGGAUUCAGAUUUGGUGUUUUGAUUAGGAACAUGGUCCAAAAGGCCUGAGUUCAGGUAUUAGCUGUGCAAUUUCAGCCAAGUUCUUAACCUAUCUACAUGUCAGUAAAAUGACAUUACUGACACUUUUCAUCUGUAAAAUGAGAUUUUGCAACCUACUCAUCUGACAAAGGGCUAAUAUCCAGAAUCUACAAUGAACUCAAACAAAUUUACAAGAAAAAAACAAACAACCCCAUCAAAAAGUGGGCGAAGGACAUGAACAGACACUUCUCAAAAGAAGACAUUUAUGCAGCCAAAAAACACAUGAAAAAAUGCUCAUCAUCACUGGCCAUCAGAGAAAUGCAAAUCAAAACCACAAUGAGAUACCAUCUCACACCAGUUAGAAUGGCAAUCAUUAAAAAGUCAGGAAACAACAGGUGCUGGAGAGGAUGUGGAGAAAUAGGAACACUUUUACACUGUUGGUGGGACUGUAAACUAGUUCAACCAUUGUGGAAGUCAGUGUAGCGAUUCCUCAGGGAUCUAGAACUAGAAAUACCAUUUGACCCAGCCAUCCCAUUACUGGGUAUAUACCCAAAGGACUAUAAAUCUUGCUGCUAUAAAGACACAUGCACACAUAUGUUUAUUGCGGCAUUAUUCACAAUAGCAAAGACUUGGAACCAACCCAAAUGUCCAACAAUGAUAGACUGGAUUAAGAAAAUGUGGCACAUAUACACCAUGGAAUACUAUGCAGCCAUAAAAAAUGAUGAGUUCAUGUCCUUUGUAGGGACAUGGAUGAAACUGGAAAUCAUCAUUCUCAGUAAACUAUCACAAGAACAAAAAACCAAACACCACAUAUUCUCACUCAUAGGUGGGAAUUGAACAAUGAGAUCACAUGGACA